UAUUUAAAUAUCAAAAUGUUUGGAAGAACAGCCAAAUCCUGGUUUUAUAACUGUGCAAAAUCUACCAAAAGAGAAAAGGAAAACAGGAACAAGUGGCUUUCUGAAAUCCCAAGCACUCAGAGAGAGAAAAUACUGGAAGAGCUGGAUGUGAACAAAGUGCUGUCAUAUUUGGUUUACAAGAGAGUCUUUUCCUUGGAGGAAUACAAAGACAUUUGGUCCCAGGAGAGCUGCAAGAAGAGAACGGAAUAUUUUUUAGAUAAACUCUCUUUAAAAGGCCCAAGUGCUUUCUCUGCUUUUUGUUCUGUUUUGGAGGAGGUCUGUCCGAACUUGCUGACAAGCUUUCUCCUUGGCUAUGAAGACCAUCUCCAUAGACGUUUCGCAGCAUUACCAGAGCAAACAAAACUGAGGGCUGUAUCAGAGAUGGAGCUGCAUGAAACCUGUCAGAUGAGUGACCAAGAAGGAAGCCCUUCUGCUGAGGAACAACUGAUUCAACCGUUCAACAAGUACAGGGUAACUCCAUCUUCUGAAAGUCCCAAUGGUGCUACCUGUAGUGUAAGUCAGGGAAAGCCCUCUUUAAGAAGAAUAAAAGGGAGAAUACACAGAAGCAAAAGUCUUGAUAGCAUUGAUUUCUGUGAAUUCACUAGCACAACAAUGGAAGAAACAGCUAUAUGGGAACAACACACAGUGACUCUUCACAGGGCCCCUGGAUUUGGAUUUGGUAUUGCAAUAUCCGGAGGCAGAGAUAAUCCUCACUUUCAGAGUGGUGAGACAUCAAUAGUUAUUUCUGAUGUGCUGAAAGGAGGCCCAGCAGAAGGACUACUACAAGAAAAUGACCGUGUUGCAAUGGUUAAUGGAGUUUCAAUGGAUAAUGUCGAGCAUGCAUUUGCUGUUCAGCAGCUGAGGAAAAGUGGGAAGAAUGCCAAAAUUACUAUCCGAAGGAUGAAGAAAAUUCAGAUUCCGGUGGCUCGAACAGAACCUGACCCAGUGUCUGAAAAUGAAGAUGAUAGCUAUGAUGAAGAGAUACGGGAUCCAAGAAGCAGCCGUGGUGGUCCAAGUGCCAACAGAAGGCAUGAGAAGAGCUGGGUAAGAGAUCGAAGUGCUAGUAGAGAGAGAAGCUUAUCGCCGAGAUCAGACAGAAGGUCGGUUACUUCCAGUCAGCCUGCAAAACCUACCAAAGUAACCCUGGUGAAAUCAAGGAAAAAUGAAGAGUAUGGCCUACGGUUGGCAAGCCACAUAUUUGUCAAAGAAAUAUCCCAGGACAGCCUGGCAGCAAGAGAUGGCAAUAUUCAGGAAGGAGAUGUUGUACUCAAGAUAAAUGGCACAGUGACAGAAAAUAUGUCCUUAGCGGAUGCAAAAACACUAAUAGAAAGGUCAAAAGGCAAGUUGAAGAUGGUUGUUCAGCGAGACGAGCGAGCUACACUGUUGAAUGUUCCUGAUCUUUCUGACAGUAUUCAUUCUGCUAAUGCUUCAGAAAGAGAUGACAUUUCAGAAAUUCAGUCGCUGGCAUCAGAUCAUUCCAACCGAUCACAUGACAGGCCCCGCCGCAGUCGUUCACGAUCUCCUGACCAGAGGUCAGAGCCUUCAGACCAUUCCAGACAUUCUCCACAGCAGCCCAGCAACAGCAGUCAUCGAAGCAGAGAAGAGGAGAGAAUAACUAAACCAGGGGCUAUCUCUACACCUGUAAAGAAUGCAGAUGAUAAUUCUAAAACUAUGGAAGAGGUCACAGUUGAAAGAACUGAAAAACAAACUCCACCACUCCCAGAACCAAAGCCAGUGUAUGCACAAGGAGGUCAGCCAGAUGUGGAUUUACCUGUCAGUCCAUCUGAUGGUCCUUUACCCAAUUCAACCCACGAAGAUGGAAUGCUUCGGCCAAGCAUGAAACUGGUCAAAUUCAGAAAAGGAGAUAGCGUGGGCUUGCGACUAGCAGGUGGGAAUGAUGUUGGCAUAUUUGUAGCUGGUGUUCUGGAAGACAGCCCUGCAGCGAAAGAAGGAUUAGAGGAAGGGGACCAGAUUCUCAGGGUAAAUAAUGUAGACUUCACAAAUAUCAUCAGAGAAGAAGCUGUCCUUUUUUUACUUGAUCUUCCUAAAGGUGAAGAAGUAACCAUUUUGGCACAGAAGAAAAAAGAUGUUUAUCGUCGCAUUGUUGAGUCUGAUGUAGGGGACUCUUUCUAUAUCAGAACUCAUUUUGAAUAUGAAAAGGAAUCUCCUUACGGACUAAGUUUCAACAAAGGUGAAGUGUUCCGGGUGGUGGACACUCUGUACAAUGGCAAACUGGGUUCUUGGCUGGCGAUUCGAAUUGGCAAGAAUCAUAAGGAAGUUGAAAGAGGUAUCAUACCUAACAAAAACAGAGCUGAGCAACUAGCUAGCGUACAGUACACGCUUCCAAAGACAGCAGGAGGAGAUCGAGCGGAUUUUUGGAGAUUCCGAGGCUUGCGUAGCUCAAAAAGAAAUCUCCGGAAAAGCAGAGAAGAUCUUUCUGCCCAACCUGUUCAGACAAAGUUUCCUGCCUACGAAAGAGUUGUUCUUCGGGAAGCUGGGUUUCUCAGACCUGUAACCAUUUUUGGUCCAAUUGCUGAUGUUGCACGGGAGAAACUUGCUAGAGAAGAACCAGAUAUCUUUCAAAUUGCAAAAAGUGAACCAAGAGACGCUGGUACUGACCAACGUAGUUCUGGCAUAAUUCGUCUUCACACUAUAAAACAGAUAAUUGAUAGAGACAAACAUGCUUUAUUAGAUGUGACUCCUAAUGCAGUGGACCGUCUGAAUUAUGCCCAGUGGUAUCCUAUUGUAGUGUUCCUAAAUCCUGAUUCUAAGCAAGGUGUAAAGACUAUGAGAAUGAGGUUGUGCCCAGAAUCACGAAAAAGUGCCAGAAAGCUGUAUGAAAGAGCUCACAAGCUACGCAAAAAUAAUCACCAUCUAUUCACAACUACCAUUAACUUGAAUUCAAUGAAUGAAGGAUGGUAUGGAGCUCUGAAGGAAGCAAUUCAGCAACAACAGAACCAACUAGUGUGGGUUUCUGAAGGAAAGGCAGAUGGUGCUACAAGUGAUGACCUUGAUUUACAUGAUGACCGCCUUUCUUACCUCUCGGCUCCUGGGAGUGAGUAUUCUAUGUACAGCACAGACAGUAGGCACACGUCUGAUUAUGAAGACACAGAUACGGAAGGGGGUGCUUAUACUGAUCAAGAACUGGAUGAAACGCUGAAUGAUGAGGUUGGGACUCCUCCUGAAUCUGCUAUUACACGUUCUUCUGAACCUGUUAGAGAGGAUUCUUCUGGAAUGCAUCAUGAAACUCAGACUUAUCCUACUUAUGCAUCUCAAGCUCAGCCGCAGCCAAAUCUCAGAAUAGAUUCUUCAGGAUUUAAAGCAACUACUACUCAGCCGAAAGCAGAAGCCUCACCUGCAGUCCCUUACCUUUCCCCGUCGCCUGAAUCACACCCUGCAACCUCAUCAACCUCUGCAGUAAAUGCUAAUGUAAACCUAACUAAUGUCAGACUGGAGGAGCCUACUGCUGCUCCUUACAACUCUUACCAACCACAAGCGGGCCCCUUAAGAACAACAAGUGCUGAGGGAGCUCAUAUAGUCCUAAGAGAUCAAGAGCCAUCAUCCUUAUCGCCGCAUGUAGAUCCAGCAAAGGUAUACCGAAAGGAUCCAUAUAUUAGUGAAGAAGCAUCCAGACAAAGCUACAUCUUAAAACAGCCAGCAAUUAAUCACCCAGUACAGAGACAGGAAAGAGACCCGAAUCUGAUCUAUGAAUCCCAGGCUCAGUAUGCAGAAAAACAACCGAGUAGGGACUAUGAACAGUCUACAUAUAGAUAUGAUUCUACAAACUAUGUUGACCAAUUUUCUCGUGGUUAUGACCCUCGCCUACAUUAUGAUGACCGUGUGCCUCCCUAUGAGGAGCACUGGGCUUAUUAUGAUGAAAAACAGCCCUACAACCAAACACGAACAGGUUAUGAAAACCAGCCUCCUAGGGAUCUUGAUUCCAGACAAAAUAUAGAAGAGAGCACAGAACGCAGCUAUUACCCAGCACAACCUCGUUUUGAGGAACCCCCUCCAAUGAGCUAUGAUGGUAGACCUCGCUAUGAGCAUGCACCCAAGAACUUCAGCUUACCACAAGUGCGAUAUGAAGAUCAACAUGCUGUUGGGUAUGACACACAUGGUAGGUACAAACAAGAAGCUCAGCCAUACCAGUCAGCCAUAUCUCGAUCUCCUGAACCGAAGCCGUACUUUGAUCCGCAUAUAAGGGGCUAUGAACAAGGUCCUCCUCAAGCUUAUAAUGCUAAAGCUGGACAAUAUGAGCCUCAUGGCACUUCAGGUGUUGCUCUUCCUCCUCCCCCUUCAUCACAAACCAAACCGGAAGUUUUGCCUUCUAACAGUAAACCACUGCCUACACCACCAUCUCUAGCAGAGGAAGAAGAAGAUCCAGCCAUGAAGCCACAGUCUGUGCGAAGCAGGGUUAAGAUAUUUGAAAGAAGAAGAUCACCAUCUUUGGAAAAAAUGAAGGACCCAAGUGAUACAUCAGCUGUCAAGCCUCCAGAACUAGCACCUAAGCCUACACUCACAACUGUGAGUGGUCCAAAACCAACUUCUCAAAGCCAGUAUGAACACGACAAAACAACUUACAGAGCCCCAGAACCACAGAGACCUCAAGCGAAGCCACCUGAAGAUAUUGUACGUUCAAACCAUUAUGAUCCUGAAGAAGAUGAAGAAUAUUAUCGAAAGCAGCUCUCGUACUUUGAUCGCAGGAGUUUUGAAAACAAGCCAUCUGCCCAGGUUCCUGCCAGCCAUCAUUCUGAGCCCACUAAACAAAUGCAUUCGCAGAAUCAGCUGAAUUUCACCAGUUACACUAAGGGGAAAACAACCAAUACUGAAUCAAUGGAUAGGCCUGUGGGUGAGAAACGCUAUGAGCCAAUCUCUCAAGUGACGACUCCUCCUCCUGCUCCCUCGGUCCAGUACACACAACCUCAGUCCAUUAAUAGUCCUGUCCUGUCUCUCCCAGCACAUCACAAGCCUGCACUUUCUGAAGUUAACUCUGCGUCUGACCCUCCUCCACCUCAGAAUAAGCCAGCACUUUUCAGAUCCUCUAGAGAGGACACUGUGCAGUCUACUUUUUAUCCUCAGAAGAGCUUCCCUGACAAAGGCCCCGUUAAUGGAACUGAACAGAUUCAGAAAACAGUCACUCCUUCUUACAACCGCUUUACAACAAAACCUUACACUAGUGCUGCGAGGCCCUUUGAACGCAAGUUUGAAAGUCCUAAAUUCAACCAUAAUCUCUUGCCAAAUGAAACUCAACAUAAACCAGAGUUGCCAUCAAAAUCUCCAAAUUCUCCUCAACCGAUUUUGAAAUCCCACAGCUCAUCGCAGCCUCCUGAGUUUGACAGUGGGAUGGAGACCUUUGCUGUACAGGUUGACAAGCCUAAAUAUCAACCAAAUAAUGUUAAUGCUGUGCCUAAAGCCAUUCCUGUAAGCCCUUCAGCGCUCGAGGAUGAGGAGGAAGAAGACGGACACACUGUUGUAGCUACAGCAAGAGGUGUCUUUAACAGCAAUGGUGGUGUAUUGAGCUCCAUAGAGACUGGAGUCAGUAUUAUUAUACCACAAGGAGCCAUUCCCGAGGGAAUAGAGCAAGAAAUAUAUUUCAAAGUCUGCAGAGACAACAGUAUACUUCCACCUUUGGACAAAGAGAAAGGUGAAACACUUCUUAGCCCCUUGGUAAUGUGUGGGCCUCAUGGACUAAAAUUCCUGAAGCCAGUGGAGCUGCGCCUGCCACACUGUGCGUCUAUGACCCCUGAUGGUUGGUCUUUUGCUCUAAAAUCCUCCGACUCCUCGUCGGGUGACCCCAAAACCUGGCAGAACAAGUCUCUUCCUGGGGAUCCAAACUAUCUUGUUGGAGCAAACUGUGUCUCAGUCCUAAUUGACCACUUCUAAAUAUUAAGUUAGCCGAGUAAAUAAUGUGAAACUGAGAUGGACCUUACAUAUAAACUGAACCACUCUAUCAAGUAUUAACUGUUCUAUAAGUGAUAAUGGAUCUUAGUGUUUAAGCAUCUUGCUUUAACUAACAAAGGUUUAGCAAGUACACUCUUUGAACCAUGGUCACAAUACAUGCCACGAGCAGGGAGUGUACAGUGGGAACAAGGUAGGGGUUUUGCAGGUUCUGUAUGCUUUGGUUUGUUGGUUGUUCUUUUGUGGGGGUUUGGUUUGGUUUAUUGUUUUGUUUUGUUUUGUUUUUUUUAAGGACACUACUACUAUUUCGUUAAUUAAAAUAUGAAAGUACCAAUGGAAUUAUAUUCAGAGGAACUGAAUUUGAUUCAUAGUCCACUGACGAAAACACAGAAUUUAACCUGCAUUUUUACUAUUGUGUGUUUGUAAUUCACAAGACUACGUUUUGGUCUCUAGUUUUUAAAUGACUUUUGGUGUACAUGUCCAGUAACAUGACAAUCAACUCGGGGUAGCACAGUUUAGAUGUUUUCCUCUGUGGAGAGGCUAAUGCAAACACAUCUACUUACUGUAUAUGGAAACAUUGUCAUGAGAACGGGGGGUGGGGGAGAAGCAUGUGGGAUGACUAUGGUUCAGUUGCCUCUGUGGAUUUGUAAAUUAACCACAUUAUUACAGACCUAUUAACCAGCAGGGAUGCCUUACCCUCAUGUUUUUAAUAGUCUUAGCUCUCAUAGUUCUCUGUAUUAAGUUUGUAUGGCUUUUGUGCUUACCUAGAUAAUAUAUCAUGGGAGACUGGGGAAAGAGGGGGGGGGGGAAUCCCACACACACAAAAAAAAACUUGUGAGCUUGGUUUAGAGAAUGAGUAUUGUUUGUGUUCAUCAGCCAGAAGAGAACCAGAAGAAAAUGAUGGUAUGUUUUCUGCUAUGCAUUUGAAAAUUUAUAGAUGUUAUAGACUGCUUGUAUAUAAUGCGUGCAUACCACUUUUGUUCUUGGUUUGUAAAUUAACUUUUAUAAGCUUUACCUUUUUAUAUAUAUAAAUAUAUAUAAUAACAAACGAAGUUUCUUAAGGAUAUCUUUGUAUUCUCAUACCUUUUGAGCCUUGAACUUUGACAUCUGCAGCAAUAAAGCAGCAUUUCUACAAUAUACGAACAAGGACAUUUUUUAAAAAUGCACAAAGUUGUUACCUUUUUAAGUGCUGCAUUUAAAGAAUAUAACUCCGAAUUCUCUACUUUGAUUAAAUUCUUGAAAAGUAUCCCUACUGUAAUUUGUCAUAAGGAUGCUGUACUAUGUGCCCUGAAAUGUAUUUUUUUACUAAUAGACAAUUUAUUACGGCACAAUGGCACUACUACUGUUUAGAUAAUAUACCACUGCAUUCUGUUAAUGAGUUAUUAGCUAUUCAGGUGUGGCUGAUUUUUUUUUUCUCUGCAGUUAUUAAAAUUACACGUUUCUAAAUAUACAGAAUAAAACUGUUUUUAAAAUAAUAAA